AUGGCUGUCAGACCCUCGACCGCUCGAAGCGAAAUCUCGUCGGCCAUCUCUGAAGAUGGGUACGGAUCCAGACCCCCGUCGGGUGUCCCUCUCCCUGCGCUGCCCAAUCCUCCACCUUCACAACACGGUUACGCCCAUCUUAGAGGGAUCACACAACCUACAAACCGCUCAAUAAGAAGCAAUCCUUCCCCGGCCGCUCCUGCCGCCCCGUCCAGCACAGCUGGCUCGAGUCGGCCGCAAAGCCCUGUAUCUCAGGGCAGUCGCACUCAUGUCCCCUCGUUAACGGCACAAGGCUUUUUCAAGCCAAUGAGCUCCCAAAGGCUACAAGCACAAAGGUUGAGGAGACCUCUCGGCGCAAGAACAAUGCAGCCGCCAGCGCCCAUUCCAGACGGGGAUGUGGAUGAAGAUGCUCGGAGUGUUGCGUCUAGCAGACAAGGUCCCUUCCAUGCGAUGCCUAGGAGCCAUCGUCCCGCGCCAUCCAUCACGACCGAGUAUACUCAAUCGGAAGCACCAGACACCGCCGAUGCCGCAUCUCCCGAUUUUGUCUCGCAACAUGACGGUGACACGCAGCUCGUCAAUGGAGCCACCUCGCAGAAACCGCACCGGCCAUCUCGGCUUAAUAUCGCUACCACUCUCAAGGCUGGCGACCCGCCUCAGAAGUCGCCUCUCUCUUUUCGAUCUGGCUUGAGCCUAGCCAGCAAGCAUCGCUUGGAGGCUGGACAUCUGCCUUUAUCUUCGAAUGCGACUUCUCCCGCGUAUCCACCCGACACCAACACCGAGGUUGCGGUAAAGAGUGCUCUCGGCAAGAAUUAUGAGUAUUUUGAAGGCAACACCAUCUUUUGGCUGGGAGGGCGCAUUCAAAACGCUCGAGAUCGUCCCAUCAACAUCGCCACCGGCAUAUUCUUGGUUCUGCCCGCGAUCUUGUAUUUUGUUUAUUCGGCCUCGUGGUUGUGGCAUCAUGUCUCUCCUGCCAUCCCGAUAAUAUUUGCUUAUUUGUUUUUCAUUUGUUUGUCUUCUUUUCUUCAUGCUUCUCUUGUUGAUCCGGGGGUCUUUCCUCGAAACAUCCAUCCGUUUCCGCCGGAGGACAACCAGGACCCUUUGGCCCUAGGACCUCCCACUAAUGACUGGGUCAUGGUACGACUAGCCACCUCGCAAACAGCGGCGAUGGAUGUGCCAGUCAAGUAUUGCAAAACCUGCAACAUCUGGCGACCGCCACGGUGUUACCAUUGCCGAGUCUGCGAUAAUUGUGUCGAAACCCUAGACCACCACUGCGUGUGGCUCAAUAAUUGCGUGGGCCGUCGCAACUACCGGUACUUCUUCACCUUCGUCAGCACGGCAACCGUUUUGGGUCUCUAUUUGGCUUUUGCGUCCCUGGGCCAUGUGAUUGCCUAUCGAAACCAGAGACACGUCUCUUUCGGGACCGCCAUAAACCGAAAUCGCGUCCCUUUCGCCAUGUUCAUUUAUGGAUUGCUGGGGUUUGCGUACCCGUUCGCAUUGUGGAUGUACCACCUGCUCCUGGUUGGCAAGGGCGAAACUACGCGAGAGUAUCUCGCAUCUCGAAGAUUUCCCAAGGCUGAGAGGCAUCGACCUUUCACACAGGGAAACUUCAUCAAAAAUUGGAUCUCGGUGCUGGCACGGCCCAAGCCACCUACGUAUCUGCAUUUCAAGAAGCGAUAUGAAGAAGGUGACCAGCGGUUUGGGAUGCGGAAGGCACACCGGCAAGCGAGGCUGGGCAAUCGGCUGCAGAACGGUGAAAUGGAGAUGAAGCCGGUUCAGGGGCCACAUAAGACUUUUGAAGGCCCUGCAGGCAGGAAUUUGCCCAACAAAGACCCCAAAUGA